UAAGCAAAUAAGGGAAUAAAUCUUCCAAAUUGAAUUAUUUUACUUACUAAAUAAAUGACUUGAGAGUUCAAAAGCAGUCCUUCUACUAAACAGGCAUUGACAGAAAACACACCUACAUAGUCUGAAGAACAAUUCCUGCACCAAGAAAUUUGAAUACAAGGAAAUGUGGUGGUCAUUGGGUCAAGUGUUCAUUGUUGCUGAUUAAGCAGCAGCAAGGACAGUUCAGAGGACUGCGCCAAACUGAGCAUCAUGUGUGGCCCCUUCAAGAGCUGUCCGGGCAUUUUACGCCUCCUGGAAAUAAUCUUCAGCGCUCUAUCUCUCCUCAUUGUUAUCUUCAGGGGCAGGAUGGUGAGUCCAUGGGGCGUAUGGUGUGAGUUUGUCUGGGUUUUCUGCAUCAUUGUGCCCUUAGUCCUGACUGUGGUGGAGGUCAAAAUGUGGCACAUCCUCCUGGCUGUCUUCCUACCCAACUGGGCUGACCUGACCUGCGGGUUGACCGUCCUGUGUGCGGCGAUGAUCACCUCCGCCACUCUGAUCUUUGCAGCCGUUUUCAUCUGCCUUUCCUGCAUCAGCAGCAUCCUCUGCUUCAUCUUCUCCGUGGUCGCCGCCGUUGUCUUCCUGGUUGAUGCUGUGAUGCAAAAAAUGAAGUGUCCGAGCGGCUACCUGUCCAGCCCGAGAGGAGUUCUCCGCACGGCAGAGGCUUUCACGGCUUGUAUCAUUCUCACCGCUGCCACUGACCACUUUGUAAAUGGCGAAUGGUUCUUUCGUCCUUUCGGGAUGAUGUGCAGCAUCAUUGUGUUUGCUGUUUGCCUCCUGGUCACUGUGGUCAUCAUAGUUCUCAACCUGCUCAAGCUGCUGCAGUGUCUCCUCUCAUUUGGGCUCAAUAUGAUGGAGCUUGUGUUCAACAUUGCGGCAGUGCUGUUGUACCUCCUCGCUGUCAUUCUUUGGCUUGUCUUUGGUUACAAACGAUCCGGAUACAAUCCUUACAUCAAGUGUUCCUACACUGACCUUAACACUGUUUCCAUUGGAGCCAUUGUCAACCUCGUCUUUUACAUUGUAGACCUGGUUUUAUCCUUCAAAUCUCGCUAGAAGUGUAGACAUGCCUCGCAUUUACAGAUUAAGAUGGAAACACUGAUUUGCUUGUGAUGCAUGAUUUUAUUUCCUCACCUGAAAGUAGAUAUUUUUUUAAUUAGGAAAGUGUUUAAUUGACAGCAGCCGUGUAUGUUAUGUAAUACAGUAAAUGAAGCAAUUUAAUUAUCAAUUUAGCCCGAAAUCAAGUCAAAUAUUUGUUUGUUUGUUUUUCAUCUUUAAAAAUAACAGAAAAUCCUUGCAGAACACAAGUGUUCAAGUCAGAUGGUUAAUGAACUAAAUUGUUUGCUUCAUUCUCACUAGUUAUGAACAGCUAAAUAUAACCUCAUGAUGAAAAGGUGCCAUUUUAUUCUUGGGU